AGGACUUUCUUUCUCCUUACCAAUUAGCAUGUCAAAUAUAAUCAACCUCUGGCCUUAGCCAAGACUCGCUCAAUGGUUAGCAUGUAACUCAUAGACAUAACAACACUUAAACUUCAUGAACGUUCAAAGGGAACAAGAUACGCCAUCCUCUCUCAUACAUGGGAUCGAGAGGAAGCGUCGCAUAGAUACAUGAGCAACCUCGCCGUUGCUUCCACGAAGAAAGGAUUUGCCAAGAUUGCCAAGAGGUGCGAAAUUGCCAAGGCAUCUGGCAUGGAUUGGGCCUGGGUCGAUACAUGUUGCAUCAACAAGAGCAGCAGUGCCGAAUUAACCGAAUCAAUCAAUUCCAUGUGGCGGUGGUAUCAAGAGGCCGAGAUUUGCUACCCCCAUCUCUCCGAUUUCGUAAUGCUACUAGCGGUCAACGGUCGAUUAUCAGAAGAGGGGGCUCCUGGCGUGGACUUCGAGGACUGCCGCUGGUUUACUCGGGGAUGGACCUUACAGGAGCUUCUCACAGUCUACGGCACAGAGGAGUCUUUGCGCAAGCAGAUAUCCGAGAUUACACGUAUGAGUUCCCAUGUCCUCGAAGAUUGUAGCCGCUUGGAUCGCAUACCAAUCGCCAGCAGAAUGUCUUGGGCCGCGGAAAGACAUACCGCUCAAGAGGAGGACCGCGCAUGCAGCUUGUUCGGCAUCUUUGACGUGAAAAUACCUCUAAUCUACGGCGAGGAAUCCAAGGCAUUCUAUCAUCUUCAAGUAGCAAUAUUACAAGAUUUCACUGAUCUCUCCAUGUUUGCUUGGAAUAGUGAAACUACCUAUGUGGGACUCAACUAA